AUGUACUACUAUACAGCCCACACUUUGAGCAGACGGGGUAUACCUACAAUACACUGCCGGAGAAAAAAAAAUUGGCCGUAAUAAUAUAAUGAUUCGGCGACACAUAUAUUGGGCAUAAUACAGCCGUGUGGAAUGAAGGAGAAAGUUGAACUCGACCUCGGACCGGUAUGUUACUUAAUCGUGGUAAAGUAUUACGUACUGACGCAUCAGUUAUAGGUGGGUUUAGGUACUACAGGUACUCGAAACACGCGGCAGUGUAUGUAUACGACGCAGUCGCACCGCCGCAGUCCGUCCAACGAUAUAUCGGACAAUAACAUUAUUAGAACUUUUGAGAAAAUUUAUUCGCAACGGACGCGUUAUGUAAAAAAAUCAAAAUCAAAUCACUUUUAAAUAUAUAGAAAACACGCUGACAAGGUCAUUCAUAAUCAUUUCGACGUGCGUUUAAUAUAUAUAUCUUCCGUUUCAAAACAUUUACAUUUUACAAUAAUAUAGGACCCUAACAUAAUAUAUAAAGCAUAUUUUGCAAUAACGGAAUUACGAUAUUAUAAUAGUCAAGUUUUGGUGAAAUAUAGAGAUAAAAAAAAAAAUUAUACAUAUACGCAGUGUCAAUUGAAUAUUGUCUCAAUUGUUUACAAAGUUACAACUAAUAUAAAAUAUCACAAUCAUUCGUAAUUAAUAAUACCCAUAAUAGCUCAACUAUACGCUCGCAAAGAUUUUCUAGUGAUUCUAAAUAUGAUUUCAAUGUGUUUAUAUACUUUAAAAGUGUAACAGCUAUAAUAAUUGUAGACAGUUAAACAUUUUUUUGUUUUAAAUAAAUAUGUUUAUUACAAAACCAAAAUGGAUCGAAAAGGUCACCGUGGAACCAAUGCUGUUUUUGUAUUUUGUAACAUUGGCCAUUUCAGCUUUGGUGGGCACAAACUUGAUACUGCGAAAGGGAUGCGACAUGACGGCCACCGAGCAGCCGGCUGACCUGAGAGACAAGUGCCUGAACGAGAGCUACGCACAGGAGUUGGUGGCCAGGAUACAGACAUGGAAGCUGACCAUCCAGUACUCGGUGCCGCUGUUGUUCAUAUUGUUCGCGGGCUCGUGGAGCGACACGCACGGUCGCCGGCGCCGGCCACUCAUGUUCAUACCGAUUGCUGGCCAACUGCUGACGGACGCGUUCAACGUGCUCAACGUGUUCAACUGGCACUGGUCACCCGCUGUGGCCGCCGUGUCCGAGUGCCUGGUGCCCGCGCUCACCGGGUCACGGAUAUGCUGCGUGGUUGGCGUCGCGUCCUACGUGGCUGACAUCACGCGCGUCCAGGAUCGGACCAAGCGCAUCGGCAUGCUCAUGUCUCUGUACUUCAUCGCUACGCCGGUGGGCGCAUGCACGGCCGGCUUCCUCAACGUCAACAUCGGCUUCUACGGCACGUUCGGCGUGUGCAUAGCGAUGAACGUGGCAGCGCUCGUGCUAGGCGCGGCUCUGGUCAAGGACACGUCCGUUCCGUACGACAAGGGCGCGUCCAUAUGGCAGACGGUCAACCCGAAGGUGAUCGCCGACUCGGUGCGCGUACUGGUCAAGAAACGGCCCAGUCGGUCGUUGCUCAUUUACAUGACCAUCGUGUCUCCGCUCACCGUCGGACCCAUGCAAGGCGAAUACUCCAUUCUUUAUCUUUUUGUCAGAUAUAAAUUUGGAUGGAACGAAAUCGAUUACAGUCUCUACGCUGCAUACAAAAUGACUGGGAUACUUAUUGGGACUAUUUUAGCUAUAUGGUUAAUGAGUGUAAAACUGAAAAUGCACGACGCAGCAAUAGGAUUUAUCGGCAGCAGUUUCGACUUAAUCGCUGCCGUGUGUUAUAGUUUUGUCACCCAACCUUGGCAGCUGUAUGCAGUGCCAGUGAUAGACAUUUUCCACGGUGCAGCGUUUACAGUUAGUACUUCGAUGGCGUCAAAACUCGUCGAUAACAGUGAACUAGCGCAACUCAAUUCUGUUCGCGGUAUGCUGGAAACGCUCGCUCCAAUUAUUAUUUAUCCGUUAUAUAAUCAAUUAUAUAAGCUCACAUUUGAAACACUACCGGGAGCUUUUUUCCUGUUGACUGCGGUUAUUACUGUUCCAGUUGUCAUACUAUUCGGGUUGACAUACAAAGCCGAUCAAAAAGACAACAUAUUUAAAAAUAAUGAAGAUGAUGGUGUAGCACAAAAAAAUAAAGACGAAUGUAAUAAUACUGUCAAAAAAGAAUCGAUUAAAACUAUAGAUUCGGUUUGACAUCACCCAUGUGUAAACGAAUAUGAUGUAACAAUAUGGUGAAUAUUAUUCACACUUCGCAGCAUAUUUAUUUAUUAUUAUGUUAUAAACCUACCUACCUACCUACCUACCUACCUAUGAUAUAGAUAUUAAACAUAACUUUACUCACAUUACCCUUAUUGUACAAUCUAAAUUAUAUUUAUGUAAAAUAGCCUCUGUAAUAAAUUGUACCAUAUUUAAUACCACAUUUGCUUAUAUUGUAAUGUAAAAUGUAAUGCAAAUUAAUACGAAAUCGUAAAUCCUUAUAAGUUUAGUGUAAAAUGUAAAUAGUAUAAGAUGGAUGUGUAGAUACAACAUUUUAUGAUGUAUUAAUGAUGUCUAAUUUUUGAUUGUUUCUAAUUCGAUCCAUCUAAUAGAGAUUUUAAUUUUUGUUUUGUAUACAUGUUUUUAUAUGAAUAAGUUUCUAAGUUCAAUGUAACUAUACCUAUAAUAAUAGGAAACGUUUUAUAGAUCCUCAACUAGUAUUAAGUAUAUUGAAUAAAUGUAUAGAAUAAUAAUUAUAUUUGAUAAUUUGAUAUCAUAGUAAGCUAUAUGCAAUUACCUAUGUUAUUGUAGGUAAUAGCCAAUCGGUAUUCGGUAUAUUGGUACCUAUGCCAGCUACCACAUGCAGACAUGCUAAUACAAGUUAUUGAAAACGUUUUUUCAACCAAAGAUUCUAUCUUUCGAUUCAUCAUACUAUAAUUUAUGUUAAAUGAAAAUAAUGUUUUGUUUAUGACCAAAAUUAAAUUGUUUUUAUGAAAAUAAAUUGAACUUUUAAAAGAA